AUGACGAGUAAUACUAAUAAUAAAACUGAUCCAAGUGAAAAAUUUCUUCAAUUAUACGAGGUGUUUUUAUAUAAGAAGAAGGAUAUAAUAGCAAUUCAAGAAAAACUUGGUAUUAAUAGUAAUAUAUUAAAGCAAAUAGAACACGAGCCUGAUGGAAAAACACUUGCUGAUUCAUAUGAAUUGUUGUUAAAAUUGGUGGGAAAUUUAAUACCUAUACAGGGAAAACUUGAUAUAGAUAUCAAUUCCGUUUUAGAAGCAGAACUUAGAAGAGAUAAAGCCUCUUCAGAUAAACCAAUUAGAUUAUUUGAUUUGCUUUUGUGCUUAGAAGAUGAUAUAGCGACAAUUCAGGAAGAACUUGGUAUUGUCGGUUAUACUAAUAAAGAAAUAGCAGAAGAAGCCGAUAAAAAUGCGAGAGUGUAUCUCCAAAGAUUUGAGAAAUUUCACGGUCCCUUAGAAGAUGAUCUAGGUGUAUUAAUAAAAAAAUUCGCUGAUAUAGGGGUAAAAAAAUUUUGGUUUACUGGUGAGGGAUUACCAUUAUUUCCAAAUGUCUCUCCUCAACAAUUGCAUGAAAUUUUUGUCAAAAAAUUGACUAGUGCCAAUCAGUGCCCAUGUCUAGAAUCAAAA